AACCCGGAGAGGCUUCCCCGGAUAUCCGUGAUCAAUUUUUUUUUUAAGAGUAACAUUUAUACAAUUUUUACAUAUUUAACGAUGCAAAUGUUCAGCUAGCAUCGCACUUUUUCUCUAACACGCAUGCUACAAUUUAUGCUUUGAAUAACUUAUCAUGUUUCGCUUCAUUCCGGUUAAGUAGAUAUACACCCUCUCGUUCACUUCACCUGGGGGGAACCCGUUGUACGUAUAAAACAGCUGCCCAGCAAGGUCAACAAGCUUUAAAAAUAUUCCUACCUACGUGCAUACGUGUGUACAUAGAAAAACAUAAAACUGCUGUCCCUGGUGGGUACCAUACUAUUAUCCUAUCCAGCGAUGUGGAAAGCGGCUAACGUUUCUUACACAAGAUACGCCUCUGAAAUGGCGGACAUUUUGAGGAAGUGUUUGAAAGACCCAUAUUCUGACAUAGCCCUGGAAAGAAGUAGGAUGCAUCUGCGGGAGACAAUAUACAAGGACGGAAAACCAAUCACUCAAGAGCUACAUGAGGAAUUUCAGAAGGCCUUCAAAAGUUUGGGAGAUAGUAAGUAA